AUGACUUGUCUCCUAGAUCUCUCGCAUGAGCUACUCCAGGGCAUACUGGGUGAAGUCGAUGGGCAUGAUCUUGCGGCAUUAAGUGCGACGUGUCGAGCCUUCAACUCAUUUGUGAAGGGGAACAGAAUACUCUGCAAGAGUGUGUACCUGCGAUCAUGGGACCGUCCAGCAGGAGCAGAGCCUUGUUGGGAGACGUCGGUACACAACCUAGUCGCGUUGACGAAGUUACUAGAAAGCGAUAAUCUCGAGACAAAGCGACAAGCUUUCGAGUGGGCGGCUCCUCUAAUCGCACCACUCUUGACGACGAAGAAUAGUGCUAGGAACGCAGAGUUCCUUGCGGACCUAUUCACAUCUCAGAAGAACAUCGACGCCUUCCUCGCCGCAUCCUCCCUCUUCGAACAUGCGGGCAACUUGACACAACAACCAGCCUCUACUCCAGAGCUACGCCAGCUCGCGGCCAAACUGCACUGUCUGUACGGCGUGCCGAUAGACUGUCAGAUUCCCCCAAUGCUGGUACAAGAAGACAGUGACGACAACUCUCCAUCGCCAUCGUACUCAGUUCUCUGGCAUCCAGAAUCAGCCAGCGAGAGCGUACAGAUCCCAACAAACAACUAUGCUCGAGCUGUAGUCUACGACCUCAGACGAUAUACAGAAGAAAGUUUCUGGGGUCCCUUCAAGAGUGACGGAAGCCAGGAUGUGGACUGGGAAAAGGUGGAGGCCAUCAUGGUCGUUCUGGGAUACAACAUGCGUCUGUUCAACAGAAGAGCACCACACGUCUUUGAGCCCAUAUGGGAGAAGCCAUUCAACGGAGUCUCACCAAAUUCCUACGUCUCUGCACCGCCAACGACUUUGACGCGAGAAUUGAGCCCACCUGGAGAUCUAGACAUGCAGGAUCCAUACGGCAUCACCGGAGAGUGGAUGAGGGUAGUCUGCUUCCUGGACUACCACGACUUGUUCGCCUUCAACUUCCUACACAGUGUACCCGAAGACCAACCACGAGAUCCCAUCAACACUCGUGAAGCGAUCAGAAUCAUACGCCUCAAACUUCGUGUCUCUGCAAUCGAACCUCCAGGACCAGAAGACGGACAAGACUAUCCAGUGGUUUCUUUCACAGGUACAAGCUGGAGUCUCCACGCAAGUUGGGAUGCGAACGCCAAUUCGCAAAUCAGAGGCGAGGUCCGCCAAACACCAGAAGGUGAGAUUCGAUGGACCACAUAUUCAAUAUUCCACAGUGAGGAGCGAUGGCGAAGCGAAGGUAUACAAGUCGGCGGUGUUCGCUCAGGCAGAGGUGUCUUGGGAAACUGGUUCGACAAGGACUUUGACCGACACGGACCGGCUGGACCUACGGCAUUCUGGAAAGUAUCGGACUAUAUUGAGGACAAGGAUGCUGAUCAAGGUGCACCUGAUGAUGCUUCUUUGGGUGACGAUGACUCGGAUGGUGAUACUGAAUACAUGAGUGAUUAA